UUUUUUAUUUGGGGGGGGGGAGGGUAGGACAGAGAGAAACUGAGAGGGGAGGGGAAGAUAGACAGGGGAGAGAAAGAUAGAUACCUGCAGAUAUGCUUCACCGUUUGUGAAGUGUUGCCUGCCCCCUUGCAGGUGGGGAUGCCGGGGUCUAUAUCUGGGGUUCUUUUUUUUAUAUUUAUUUAUUUAUACAGUCCAUUUUGUUGCUCUUAUUUUAUUAUUGUAGUUAUUGUUGUUGUUGCUGGAGGGAGGAGGGGAAGACAGAGAGGGGGAGAGACAGACACCUGCAGACCUGCUUCACCACCUGUGAAGUGACUCCUCUGCAGGUGGGGAGCCGGGGGCUCCAACCGGGGUCCUUCUGCCGGUCCUUGUGCUUUGCACCACCUGCACUUAACCCGCUGCGCUGCCGCCUGACUCCCUAGAUCUGGGAUUCUUUCGCAGGUUCAUACACUUCUUACUAUGUGCACUUAACCUGAUGGUCUGUCAGCUCCUCCUCCUGCUUUCUGGCCUGCUUGCCCCAAAGACAGAAUCCAGAGUCAGGCUUGCUAUGGACUGAAGAUGAGAACAAAGUCACCUACCUCCCAAAGAUCUGCAUUCCUGCAUCACUUUUCCGAAGGGCCAGAUGGUACAACUUCACCCCACCCCUUAAAAACACAUCCCCAGGCCAUUCCCCCAAUAGACUGCAUUGGUUGGAGUCUAUGUGUAAUUUUUUCCCUUUUUUUUUUUAAAGAGACUGAAAAAGAGACCACAUCACUGAAGUUUUGUUCAAGACAGUGGUGGCUAGACACAAUCCUGGGUUAUGCACAUAGCAAAGCAGCACACUAUCCAAGGAUUGAAACCUUUGGCCAUGUUGCACCUCCAGCUGCUCUCUGCUCAGGCACAGCCUGAAUGACUGGACUACCACCGUCCUAGCUGUUUCACGUCACCCACCGUUCCCUUUACUGGACAGUUUGAUGGGGCGUCGUGCGGAUGACAGCGGGCACAGUUGUGAUCACGGGCGGAAUCCUCGCUACGGUCAUCCUACUCUCCAUCAUUGCCGUCCUGUGCUACUGCCGGCUCCAGUAUUAUUGCUGCAAGAAGAGCAGAGCUGAGAAUGCAGAAGAGGAGGAAGAGGAGCAGGACCUGCCCACACCCCCCAGAGGCCCCACCUGCAAUGCCUGCAGCUACCAAGCCCUGGACCACCCAGCAGGUGGCCUGGCACCCCUCCCCAGAGAACCAUGCAGCCAGCCAUGUGGGGUGGCUGCCGGCCAUUGUGCCACCUGUUCCCCAAACAGCUCCCCCUUUUACAUACGGACAACUGACAUGGUGCCCAAUGGGGGUGGAGGGGAGAGGCUUUCCUUCACUCCUACUUACUACAAAGAAGGGGGACCCCCAUCCUUCAAACUGGCAGCACCCCAGAGUUACGCGGUGACAUGGCCAGGCUCUGGGCAUGAGGCCUUCACCAAUCCAAGGGCUAUUAGUACAGACGUGUGACCCCUCCCUUCCUGAUCCCCCCCUCACCAAUGCUGCUGACCCAGCAGGAACAAUGGGGACUGUGGUGUUCUCUUCAACAGCCCACAAGGACCAUCUCCAUUCCUCUGGCUUUUUCUUGCCCUACAGUGGGGGUCUCACUGAUAUUUAAGCAGUGUGAAGCACUGAUGAAUAGAAUCCCAUGGCCCAGAAGUGCCCCCCCCCACACACACACACACACACACACACACACAGAGUGAGCUGGAAACCUUGCCAGUUUCUCUCUUGGGACCUCCCUCUGGUCAGCCCAGCACUGCCACACUCCUUUUCACCUCCCCCCCAAGCCCCACUUUGCAGGGUUGCAAGAAGAGAAGCACUGGGUUCUGAGGGCUGCCAGAGUUCUUGGGUGUGUAUGGGAGGGGGCUGGUACAGAGGAAGCAGGAAGGACAAAAGCAAGAGAAGAGGUGAAAACUUAGAUAUUGUAGAAUUGGAAAUGGAGCUGAAAGUACUGGAGGAACCUCUUCUGGACCCUAGAUCUAAUUCAUAAGCGAGUUUUGUAUUGAGGUAGUCCGUCAGAAACCACAGGCCUUGCUCUAUAACCUCUUCUUAAUUAAAGCUGGAUAGCUUCCUCACUGGUCUGCAUACUACUGAUCAAUCCACUUCAGAGCACAAAUGCCCACACCCACAUGAGUCCAGAGCUCUGUCUCCCAGCACACAGCUGUGCCUGCCUCGCCUUGUGCCCAUGCUUAGUUGACUCUGAGGCCCUGACAUCAGGUUAUUAUGUAAUCCCCAAAAUGACUAUCUAACCUCAUUCUCUCCUCCCCACCCCCAAAUCCUGUUUCUCAGCCCUAGAACCAGCUGCCUCAGCAGCUAGAAAAAUGUUUUCAAGUUCUGUCACUAUAAUUCAAGUAGCUGAGAGGAUAAGGCUGUGGUCCUGGCAAGCCACACUGAGUGGUGUCACUGGACAGACACACUGGACACCUCCAACACCCCGCCCCUACCCUUAGGUUUGGCCAUUUUCACAAACUGCAGAGUAGAAAGGAGUCUGGUAGAGCAACUAGAAAGCAAACUUUGAGUCCCUGGUCAGAUGAAAAGCAAAGUGGCCCUCCCCAAGGCAGCCAGCUGGUUGCAUAGGACAGCAGCCAAGAACUUAGCUUCCCCUGUCACUGCCAACCCCUGUCUGCCAGGCUGCCAGCCCUCCUAGAUUCCUGACAGCCCAGAUACCUUGCUACUCUGGCCCAUCAGCCCCAGAAGCGGUUUCUCCUUAUCAGAAAUCACCACUCCCUUCUACCUCUCACCUUCUGGAAUAACCAAGAUGAUCCCAAAGUUGAUAUCCAUCUUGCAGCAGAAUGCAAAGGAUCUCAUGCAGCCCUGUCUCCCCCUGUAGCUUUCCCAGCCUCAGUCCUGUUACCCACCCACCCCUCGAAGUGAAAUCUGGGUUUAGGGCCAUUAAGGGCUCCUAGCUCUCUCCUGCUUCCCUAUAGACAUGUGGACCUGCCCUGUGCAAGUGAAAGCACACCUUGUCCACCCUCACUGUACUUCAGAGCUGUGGCGUCUGAGUUCUAGGACACUCUGUGGACACUUUUUUGAACUGCACCCUAAAGAGGAAGAAGAAAGUUGGAGACAGUUUGUCCUCUCUGCCACCUUGUUUCCAAGCCAAGUCCCAGGUCCCUCUUGGAUUUUCUGGCCUGCCUCUCUGAGAGCUUGGAGUCACCCCUAAGUGGAUGUUGAAAUAAAUGAGGAAUUUGAAAUACAA